AUGGUAAGUUAUCAUCGUAGUGUAGUCGUAUUUUCAGUUGGGUUACAUCCACUUAUGUGUCCAGGAAAUGGUGAUCAAAGAGCGUGGGGCAGCGAGUUACGUGGAGUUACUGUAAGUUAAACUUUUAUUGUUAUCACUGUUCUUAUCCUUAUUUUUUGUCUAAAAUUGUGUAGACAUCCCUUCCGUAUAUUAAGUCUGAUCUCUUUUAAUUUUUGAAAUUACAGUAAGAAAGCAGGCAUUGAAGACGACAUCGUAUGGAAGGCAAAACAAGUGUAUCCAGAUGAGUUGACCUUCAGAUUGUUCCACGCUCUGGCCACGAUCCUCCGCUUGUCUCCAGAACACGGGAUGGAGAAGUUCGGGGAAUGGAUGUUGGAGUACACCAUCAACAACCAAUGGGACACCUUGCUCAAGUGUUUGGCCGAUAAUCUCCACGAAUUUCUCGACAAUCUCAGCCCGAUGCACUACUUCAUCGACAACGUAGCUUUCCAGCACGAUCUUCAAGGUCCUAGCUUCAGAUGCGAAGCCAACUCCGACGGAUCGCUGAAGUUACAUUACUAUUCGGAACGAAAGGCCAUGUUCCCCAUGGUAAAAGGACUUCUAAAGAGAGCUGCUCAGUUGUUGUUUAACCUAGAAGUCACCGUGGUUGUGGUGGAAAGGUUACAGGAGAAGAAAGCCAACGUCAUCACCGAACAUGUCAUCUUCAACAUAAACUCUGAUGUGUCGCUGGUCAAGCCCGUGUCGCCAGCGUUGUUGGUGUUGUCGAAAAGGCCAAAAGACUUGGUGAGUUGCCUAAUUUUGUAUUAAUAAAAUAAGAUUAUUUUAUUUCAAAUGCCAAAGUAAUUAUGGUUUUUGGCUGACUUACAGUAAUUGUUUCAGAGGUCCACCAUCAGUAUAACAGACCUGUGCAACUUGUACCCUUUCCACAUGUGCUUCACAAAGCAGAUGAUCCUUGAGCAUUGUGGCCAAUUUAUUUUUAAAGAAUUUAAUCUGGCCAACAAAAGAAUGGUUAAGUUGUCGGAUCUGUUCACAUUGACAUCACCGGAAGACUUGAGCGUGAGUUUGAUUUAUAUUUUUUGAUUAUCUGAUAAAACACGAUAAACUGAGAUAUACUGCCAUGAAUAGUGGAUAUAAAAAGAUGACUUUCAGCUGAGUUUCAAAAACAUCCUCAACUACUUGAACACCCCCUUCAUAUUCAAGGCCAAACAAACCCUGUCCAGAAACAAGGCCCAGGCCAAGCCAUUGAUCAUCAAAGGCCAGAUGAUGACAGUAGGCACUAAUGGAGAGUACAUGUUGUUCAUGGGAUCUCCCUUCUUCUCGACCAUCGGGGAAUUAGCCGAAAGUAACAUGUUUAUCAGUGAUUACCCAAGGCAUGACACUACUAGAGAUCUGAUCAUGCUGAAUCAGACUCGGCUCUCACAACAAGAGAUUAAGCAAGUGAUUAGAUUUUGCACGAUCAGUCAAAACGUUUUUAGAAAGUUCUAACCUGUCAUUACAACGAAUUUUGAUUUCAAAUCAAAACAAAAGGUCUAAAACAAGCUAUAAUACAUAAUAAGUGCAAUAUAUGCAAAGUAAUACGAUACAAAGGACACAAAGUACAGUAAUCGUUUAUAGCCGAAAACUAGAAGAUCAAGCUGAAAACUUGAGGAACAUGGCGGCCGAAUUGGACGAAAAACGAAGACGUACUGACCAUCUUCUGUUCGAAUGUCUCCCGCCUACUGUAGCGGAGCAGCUGAGGCAGAAUCAUCACAUCGAACCGCAGGUAUUCAGUGAAGCCAGCUGUCUACAGUGUGAUCUACCGCACUUUGAUCUUAUCAUGCAAAAUAUAGAACCCACAGAUCUGGUCGACUUGAUCAACAACGUGUUCUACAAGUACGAGGUGUUGAUCGACCUGCAUGGAUGUGUAAAGGUGUUAUCCAUGAUGGAUUCCUACUUUACUGUAGCAGGGGCUCCAGUGCCACAAGACGACCACGUUGACAGGAUUCUGAAUCUGGCGUUGGGUAUGGUUUCGGGUGCCAGUACAAUCAUCGUGCCAAGGUUUAAUCAGCCUGUAUUGGUAAGAUCUUUGUUAUAUGAGAUAAAGAUGAUAUCAUUAUCAUUUAGAAAAUAUAUAUUAUACAUAUUUUGUAAAAUACUCUCUCCUUGUUCGUAUUCUAUUGUGAAACUAUUGUAGAUCCGAGUAGGAGUCCACUCAGGCCCUGUAGUAGGUGGAAUCAUGGGGAUCACUAAGAUCAGGUAUGCUGUGCUAUCUGAAACUGUCAAUAUCUCUAAACGGCUAGCUCAGUACAGUUCUCCUGGCAAGAUCUUGGUGACAAAUGCUGCCAAAACGUAAGUCUCUAAUGCUGAUCGUGUACUUUUAAUUGCGACAAUUUUUUGUACUCUUUUCAAAACAUGGUGCACUUUUAAAAAUCGUUGUUACCAGAAGGUUAUCUAUUUUAAACGAGGUUCUUAUUAAAAGUAUUGUUAAAGUUAAUUAAUGAGUUUAGGGCGGCUUCCAAAUCUAAACGAAAUAAGUUUGUCUUCUCUCCCAACUCUUACUUUCAAAUCGGAGGUAAUCAAGCGACGCUGACGUAUUUUUUGGAGAAAAACACAGCGAAAAGCACAAGAGAAUUAACUGGAAACACGGAAGGUAACUGCACAAUUACCCUCACCGUACCUUUCAGAGGCCAAAGAACAUGCCAGUGUGGAGGAGGUGGCCAAGGCAUGGGAGCAGCUCCAGAAGAGCGACCUCAACCCGGCCAAGAGGCGGGCUUGGCGCAUGGGCCGGCUCAGGUUAGACCAGAGUGUCGACUCGGGAAUCAGCCGGUCCUCAACCUGUUCCGCAGUCUGUUCAAUUCAGUGA